AAUUGGGUUUCAUUAGAAACAAAAAUUUUACCCAAACGAGGUGACGACUUGAAUCAAUGACUUUGGAGGAAACUUGUAGAGUUAUGAGAGAUUCAUGAUUCUGGUCAAAUGUUGAAUGUUAUCAAAUUUUCGCCAUAAAUACUGUAAACCAGCGACUUGAGCGUCUUUCAUAGGUGCUAUCGUCAACUGGGAAUAUACCAUCAGGUGUAAUGCGAGAAGAAAGCAAAAUUGUUAACUGGUUUUGGUUACCUUCAACACUUUUUUUUAUACCCAUACACUUGUCCCUUGUUAAGACUCUUUCUGUUUACUGUCUAUUUUUUUCCAGUUACUCUUCACUUUCUGCUUUUGCAAAAAUAAAAAUUCAUCAACAAAACUCACUCAACUCACUUCAUCUUCAUCUUCUGGAAACUCCUUCAGAGUUAAGUUGAAACUCAUUCCAUCAAAAUCUGUUUUUUAACAGUCGCUCUCAACCUUUUCCCUGCUUGUUCACUCCUUUUUUUAGUCUUUUUUUUAAUCCUUUCUUUUUUUCUUUUUCUUCUUCUUUUUUCUCUCCAGCUUCUUCGGUUCCACCAUCCUCUUCAUCCUCAUCAUUGGUAUUUAGUAUCAGUCCAUUGAAUUGUCAAUGCAAUCAACUGUAUCAUGUUUCGUUAGCAGCUACUGGAAACAUGUUGCAUUCAAUUGACUUUACCAGUUAACUGAAAGGAGCCACAAAGACAGUCAAUAUUGAUCCACAGAGAAACAUGAGAUUCAAUUGAAUGUGCAACAGUUUCAUCCAUUCAACCUAAAUCCUGGUUCAACAUUCAUGUGGCUCCGUUAUCAUGCUCUUAUCCAUCUCUAUUUAGCCUGGCUCAAGUAGGAGGUGAUUUACAAUUUGAUUGCUGCUACCGAAUUGGGUGAAAAUUGAAUUAUCUCAUUCUGUUAAUUGUCAACAAACUGUCAACAUUUAUCUGACUGUGCCACCACUGGAAUCUUGAAUCUCAAAUUCAUUUUGUUGAAUGUUUCUUUUUUUUCCGCUCAUUUCCAACACCAAUUCAUUGAAUUGAUCAGCCAACUUGCACAACUGAUAUGAUUGCUGAAUGAUUUUGUCUGAUGCUGUUGCUGCUUCUGCUGCUGCUAUUAAAUCAUCUAGUUUUAUGUGAACACCACUGAACCGGAAAUAACCUUGUUCCUUGAUUGAUAACCCAUAACUGGAUUUAUUCAAUUAUUAUAUCCAUUUGAACUUGAUUUAUUGUGUGUGACUGUGAAUUAUUAUCCAAAUGUCACUCUAUCAAACACCAAGAGCAAGAAUAACAAUGGUUCAUUUGCUGAUCACGGAUCACUAUUAAUAUCUUAAUAUAACAAAUUUACCCGCAAAAAAAUUGUGAUUUUGACUGAUUUCUUAUUCAUAUUAAACAGCUUUACAGCUUAACAAGUUCAAGGCACAGAAACUGGGAUUUAAUUUUUACUAAUCAACUUUACCAGCCAACAUAAACACAAACCAGCAAAGAUGAAAGUUAAAUGGACUCGUAAUUUGGAUGGUAAUUCAAUUAUUGACCCAAAUGAACCAUUAUCUAAUUACAAAGGAGCUGAUUUGAUUGAAAAGUCAACGAUACCCAUGAGAUCAAAAAGUCGUGAAAAAAGUGCUCGUGAGUCAACUGGAUGUAACCUGAUAUUUGGUCCAACUCGUAAAUCAAGUUCCCAUCGAUCAACGUCGACAUCAUCAACAAUUUCCAGUUCAUCAUCAAAUUCAACACCAGCUCCAUCAUCGCAACAACAAAAUCAAAUUGAAUCUUCUGCUCCACCAACAAGCGAAUCUGAUCGUACAACAAUGACAAAGCUUAGCAACUUUCUGGGUAUAUUUAAAUUAACUCCUUCAUCGGCUUCAUCUACUAAUGGUUCAAUUAAAAGUACUAAAUCUGCACAGCAACCAACCUCAAUUAAAGUUGUUCGUCGAGGGAAUAAUAAAAAUGAAAAUGAUGGAUUAUUUCGCACCGAUUCAAGAAGACGUCGUCGAGCCAAUAAUUUAUUACAACGCAAUUCAGAUAUUCGUAGAUCAUGGAAUGCUGCAAUGACUGGUCGUAGCGAUCCUGUAAUUAGAAGACCAGCCAGUCCAACUUAUCGACCAACAAACACUGUAACUUAUCGUUCAAUAUCACCAUCAAUAGCAAGCAAUCAACAGACAUCUCCAGGAGUCAAUGGUUCAUCUUCAAGGCCCUCUUCACUUGAUGGGUCCGGUCAUUUCGGUAACUCAUGUAAAGUGAAUUCAAUGCCAGCCCCGAUUGUGACAUUACCAGAAUGUUGUUUAGAAGGUUCCGAUUCUGAAGUUGGACUAGAUUCAAAGUUAUCAACUUCACCUGAAAAUUUAGAAACUCAGCAUGUUAAUGGCUUUUGUAAUGAUUGUGAACAAUCAACAGUAACAAAUGACUGUGAUGAAGUUGAUAAAAUCAGUGUUGAAAAAGUCAACAAAAUUAUAAGACCCGCUGGUCCACCACCGCCACCUCCUACUACAACAUCGGUAUCCUUGGACGGUUCAGUACAAUCCUCUGAUGAUGUUUUCAUUCAAGUUCAGAUAACUGCAUCUUCCAAGUCUAGCAAUGGCAGGUUAUCUAAUAAACACCAUCAACAACAGCAUCUACAUCAUCAGCAUCAGCAACAACAACUACAACAACAACUACAACAAAAACAGCAAAAACAUCAACAACAAAAUGGACUUCAAAACUCUAUUGACGUUAUCACCGAUGAAGCUGAUCGGCCAUUGAGUCCAAUAUUUGAAUCUUGUACAGAAAAGGUCACAUACGAAGAAAGUGUUUCACCUACUGGUUCCUUAAUCGAUUCUAGGACUGAUUCACGGUCAAGCAAUGAAGAUGUAAACACCAUUUUACGCCCUCCUUCAUCGACCGCCGGAUCAUCUUCAUCACAAGAGAUGGCCCUCAGUGAAGAUGGAGGACUCGGUGAAUCUGUCUCUUAUGAUGCUUCCUCCGGAUGCUCGUGGGAAACUAGUUCCAUCCUGACUGGAUCUGUUUGCUUGUCUCCCGGCUCAGCCACCAGCGAGGGAAAUAGUGCCACUGAGAUUUUAUCACCAUCAUCUUUAUCAUCUUCUCCUUUACCAAUAUCAUCAUCAACUCCUCAUCAUCAUCAUAAAAACAACAAUGUUUCCUCGCCCAUAAUGAUCUCUGAUCCAGUGUAUAAUAAUAGCAAUAGAAGUGGUGAUAUCAAUGGUGAUGAUUACCUUUACGAACCUCGAAUGUCAGAAGUUAUCAGAGUUACCGUUAAAAAGGCUGAAAUACCUGAAGUUGUUACCCUUCGCUCUGAAGAUAUCAUUGAUUUGGAUUCAUCAGGUUCCACGGAAGAAAACUCACCCUCUUCACCUUCAUCUUUUUCAUCUUCAAUUUCCAGUAUUCAACGGAUUCGUAAAGGCAGUAAAACUGGAAUAUUAAAAGAUUCAAAUUGUCUCAACAACAAUGGUGUCCACAACUGUCGCAGUUCAACUCCAAAGAAGGUUCAUUUUGCCGAAUCGGCAAAAGUAAGGACUACCAAAUCACUGUCAACAUCUCCAGGAUCUUCACCCAUUCCAGACGAUUCCUCAUCAAGUUAUGAUCGGUCAUCUCCAUUACCUCCUUCAUCACUUUCACCUUUAAAUUAUUCCAACGGUACUACAAUAACCACUUCAAGCACGGUUACUAUUAAAAAGCCAACAUCGUCAUCUUCACGUCGUCUAUUUCAGUCAUCUUUGAACCAAACCAGCUUAGAUGAUCCUGAUGUAAAGAGUGCGGUCCCAAAUAAAGCUCAUUAUCAACCACCCGGCGCUGAUGAUUAUUCAAGUGAACAGAUUACACAAUUUAAUCCGGAGUCGUUUUGCCUAUCAAACCAAUCAUUAGCAUCAUCAACAUCAUCAUCGCCGUCAUUAGCAUCCAACAAACAACCUCGUGUUAUUGGAGGCAUAACUAAUAGUAAAGUCGGUGGAGAAGGAGAAAAGGUUGAACCUGUUGCUGGUGAAAAUGAUGAUCCAAAUGAGAGUAAAACUAAAUGGAGGCAAGUUAACCAGGCAGAAGGACGGAAUAUUAACAGUAAAAGUCAAAUGAUCAGCAAAUCAUCAAGCCAUAACAUUGCCACCAUUAACUGUACCAGCUCGGUUGCACAUGUACUUAAUCAGAACAUUAAUGAUAAAACAAUUUCCAUCUCUGCUAAAACGUCUACCACUACAGUUUCAAGCACAAAUCAUGAUAAUGGCAACAUCAAUAGUGGAUUCCCUUAUUUAAGCCGUGAGCUUGAUGCUCAUCGUAAAUUAUCGGCUCUACAUCAGAGGAAACUGUCCAUUGCUCGUGAAGAGUCUGCUCGUUCUUCAUUAAUCAUCCAAGGAUUAGGGGUUGUUGUGCAACGUUUGACUCAACAAUUGGAUUCCAUGAAUGGACCCACGCUGAGGUCACAAUUGUCUCAAGUACAAAACAAUUUUGAUCAGCUUGAUGCUCAAUUUAGAAGUCAAGAGGAAGCAUUAAGAUCAUUACAAGUCAACUACCAUAAAGCUGAAAGUGAACUUAGGGAAGAGGUCAAGAAACUUACCUGUGAAUUAGCCGAUGAGGAGAGGCGCCAUGAACGGGAAAAGAUUGACCUAGUCAAUUCUUUUGAAUUGGAAUUGGAUGCUGCGAAGAAACAAUUUAAUGAAGAACUGGAUAAAGUUGAAGAGGUUAAAAAUGAGCUAAAGGCUCUUGCUGAUCAACUCAAAGGCGAAUUAAGAAACAAGGUUGAUGAGUUAAGUAAAGCCAAUAAUCGAAUGAACCAGAUGGAGAAAAGUAUGCGAAUGGAACGGGAUGGAAGGACACGUCGAGCCGAAGAAAGGAUAACGUAUUUGUGUAAAGAAAUUCAAAGUCUCAAAGAUGUUCUGGAAUUGAAAGAGAUAGACUUGAAAAGAUUGAGAGCUCAAGUUGAAAGGGAUGAAGGUUUGAGUCGUGAUUUGGUUCGAGCUCAAUCUACUAUUGAAGUUUUAAAGCAGCGAUUGGAACAAUUGGAGAUUGCUCGAAACUCGCAAGCAGAUGCCAUGAAUAGAUUGAAGGCAGAAAAUGAAGCUUUAAUUGAUGAAAUUGUUCGAGAUCAAAGAGAAAUGGAUAAAAUUGCUUUGAGAAAAGAAGAGUUGGAAUACACUUUGUAUAAUAUGGUUACAAUUGGUGACGAUGAAGGAUACAUAAACCUAAAAACCUCGGCAUCAUCGCCCUAUGAAUAUGUAGAUAAUGUUUCAUUCACUGAAGUCAACCAUGCACCGACCAUGGUAACUAAUGGUCACGAUCAGCAAAAUCGUGAAAUGAAAAAUCCAAGAAAUGAUCUGAGAAGGAGACCAAUUAACAGUGCCAUUUUGGUCUCAUCAAAUGGUUUGCCUGCAACCAGUUCUAGUUCCAGCUCUACAACAGUGCGAGUCGAGAAAAUUAUUACCUCUGACCAUUAUAAAUCAAGAAAUGUCCAAUCUCCAGAUGGUCAUGUAACUGCGAAUAAUGAAGUCAUUCAAAAAUACAGUCCUGAUAUGAUAAAUGAUUCAGGAUUUGAAGACAUUUCCGUUUUCAUGAAAACCAAUGCUUGAUUUGUUGUCUAGUCUUACUUUUUGAAAUUAAGCAACUAAAAUAGUUUUUAAACAAUGAAAAAUUAGAAGUUAAUAUAAUAAAAAUUAUUUGAUAAUCAA